AUGUUGAUGACGUCGGCUAAUCAGUGUUUCAUUGAUGCAACAUCGCGACUACUGAAACGUUGGUUUGCUAAUACAUCUGCAGAGUUGUUCCGUUUGCGUGGCCUCUUCUCUGUUCCCUUAGGAGAAAGACCAGUUCCCUUAGUUUUGUCUACCCUCAAUGUGUUGUUGCACGGAAGAAAGAAUAAUGCUGUUGGUGGUGCUGGUGAUGAUGGUAGUGAUGGUAUUGAUAGUGGUGAUGGUGAUGCUAUUGUUGCUGUUGCUGAUUGA